AUGCUGAAUAGAUCUCGAAGUAGCAUGUUAGGAUGCGUACGACUGUGGCCACGAAGCGUGGUAUUGGUGAUGAAUAUGCGUCAGCUGCAGCAGAGUGUUGUGUGCACGGUAUACAACGGUGUACGAAGGACCAGCAGGCAACUUCCGCGAUGGAUAAAUGAUAAAGAACCACAGAAGGCGAAGAACGGCCAGUUGAAGGCCACAUCUAACGGAAAUCGUUUAGGCUGGUCCAAACAGAGACAGGUAUCGUUCAUUACCGAGGAGGAGUUUAAGGCGGCAUGGAGCGUGCGGUUCAUGUAUGGUGAACUCGAGACCGUGAACGAGGUUAUAGAUAUACUGGAGAAGAAGAGUCAGGCUUUUCAGCCCGCGCACCUACUCACAUUGCUGGAAACACUCUACAAGUUGCAUGAUUUGCAUGAUAUCGCGCGGAUUUACCAGGUGUAUGGCCCCUUGCUCAAGAAUAUGGACUCCUACCCGGGAUAUUGUGAGCUGCUACAUCUACUAGUUAAGACACAGUUCCAGCUGCAGGACUACCCAAUUACAGAGCUGUUAUUCAGGUUAUAUGCCUCAUGCCAGAAGCCAGAUGGGAAGCUGUUUAUGUAUGGCCUCCGUUCCAUGCUGGAGAACAAUAAUGCCGUUAGUGCAAAGGAAUUCUACUGUCGUUUUGUGAAGACCUGCAAGGAGCUACACUCCAGUGAUCAUAUACUACAGCUUAUGACCAGCUAUGCGAUCAAGAAGGGUGACAUGCAAGGACUGAGCGAUAUUUUUCAACUGUGGUUAUACAACAGCCAUAUUACACCGUCAUAUGUCACUCUUGCGAGAGCCCAGUUAGAUUUUGAACGGUUUGACACGAUGGAGGGCAAGUAUUACUGGUACCAAAUCCUACAUCAUCCUCAAGUUGUUAAAUCAGGAUAUCACCAGAGCGACUACUACCUCAUCGCGAGGUUCAUGAAGAGGAUAGACAGAUUAAAACUUCCUCCAGCCAGUGUACAAAAAGAGAUGCAGGAGAAUAACGCAUACGCAAAUAUAAGCUGUGACGCAAAGUCAUUACUUUACAAGCAUCUUCUCCAUACAUACAUGAAGGCCAACGACUUUGCAUCGCUUAAAGAUAUGUUACGGAUUAUUCAACAAGACAGUGAAGUUAGUAUUUCUAUGGAUUUUCAUCUUGUCAUAUGCAAGUACUUCUCCAAGAAUGGACUUCUAGGCGAUCUUACUUCAUAUCUGAAAGACGUCAUUGUUAAAAUUCCGCAUACUGAAAAGCCUGUAUUCGACAGCAGGCUCUUAUCGAUUAUAUGGCGAUCUGCAAUGACAGCAUACCCAAUGCUCCUUAGGGAAUAUGAAAAUGAAUUUCAGGUUCUUUUAAAUCAUGAGGAGUACUUCUACUGCUUUCCAUGGCUACAGAACUGUGUCAAAAAUCUGCUUUCUCUGGACGUCUUGGAGGCUCGAGGCGACGGUAUUUUCUCGGUAAGGACAGCCACAAGUAGCGAAACGAAGAAGUUAUACCGCGCUGCCAAGCAUCUUAAACGGCAUGAUGCAGGCAAAGUCUGCUUCAUGAUAAGGAAGCAUAUGGAUGCCUCGAUGCGCCCAGCAUUUGAUUUAUACUACAGUCUAAUGAAGUACUGUGUCAACCACCGUCAGUUCAACACGAUGAACUUUUUAGAGGCUAAUCUUCGUCCAACCUACCGAUACAUUCCUUUAAAGGUCGAUAUACUUACACUGCGAGCCAAGAUAUACCAGCUACUGGACAAUCAGAACUUAAACCCUGGGGAGGCGAAGGGCAACUCACAAGUGGGUACCAUGAUCAAGUCUUUUAUCACUACAAAUGAGCAGCGCUUAAAUUUCCAGAAUCGUUUACAGCUGGGUACGCUUGCAAGCAAAUUUGGCCUUUUUGAGCUAGCGGAGGAACAGUUCGCUCACGCCAAGCGCCUCAUGCGGCCUACAGAGCGCCGCGAGCUUUACAUGUAUUACAAAUCUCUCAGCGCGUUCUAUUCCUUAGCCAAAAUGCCGACCUGCUUAAUAGAUACUCUGCGUGCCUUUAAUAACGAGCCGCACUCGUCCCUCGUAACACACUACUGGCUGCGCUCUAUCCGAACACAUAUCCACUGGCUCCGCCGCAAUAAUGCAGAAGAAGAGGUCAUAGAUGAGCUGACCAAGCAGCGCAGCAAGAUGGUACUCCACUAUGCGAACUCAAAGAUGGAAGGCCUGCAUAGCAUUUCGGCUCUCACCACACUUCUGCGUUCUUGGCUUAACCAUCUCUGUGAAGCCGAUCGUGCGGCAAUGCACUUGCGCAGAGAAGCACUGAAAAAAUCAAUAGACAUAGCCUUCACCGCGCGUACGCAUGCCGCUUCCUCAUCUGCGGCGGUCAGCUGCGCCCUAGCAUCAGGCCUGCCCUCUACGCAGCCUCUAUCACAACCUAAUUUCUACACAUAUCCUUACAAGGAGUGUGAGCAAAGUAUAGGAAUGCACGCAGAGCUACCGUGA